AUGUUUCAGCUUCUCGUUCAUUUAGAAUCGACGGCGAAAGGUGAUUCUCAAUCGGUCGCCAAUAGUCAACGCCAAGGAUCAACAACCACACUCGUUUCAGUAGCUUCAGCAAAAGCUCCAGCUAAACCAGAAGCAUUCGGUAGUGUCGGACAUCUCAAUGCAGUUGACACCGACGACGAUGAUGAUGGCGACAUCGACAUCGACAAAACAUUUGAAGAAGCAAAACUGAAAUUACAAAAGCGUGCUGUUUCGUGCAUGGACAUGCGUGGUUCACAAUUAAGUUUGAAUAGUGUGGCAAGUGAAACUAAGGCCCGUUAUGGUCUUGACAUAACUGGGACAAUAGAAACAAAAUUAACGUAUUCAUUAGCAACAGGUGCAUUAGAUAUUUACAUCCUCAAUUGCAAAAACUUGGCCAAGGCAAAAAAGAGCCAAUCAUCUGAUCCAUUUGUUAAAGUUUACCUGUUACCCGAUCGAUCGAAGAAUAGCAAACGAAAAUCUACCGUGAAGAAAAAUACGAUUGAUCCAGUUUUUGAUGAAAAAUUUCGUUACCAUGUUACGAAGCAAGAAUUUGAAACUCGAGUCUUUUGGAUAUCAGUGUGGAGUGUGUCAUCGUUAGGACAAAAUGAUUUUCUUGGUGAAAUACAUAUUCCAUUAGCUAAUUGUACACUCGAUAUUGUUCAAGAGCAUCAAUUACUCGCUCAAAAGAAAAAGAAUGACUUAGUACGAGAUAUCGAACCAACAAUGGAUCCAGCAGAGAUUAUUUUUGAAUUGACAUUCAUCGAAAAUUCGAAAAAUAAAGAUAUUGGAACAAUACAAGUACACAAUGUUCAAGGUAAAGCGAUUUUCUUCGGUAAACAUCAAGUCGAGGCGAUUUGUAAAGGAUUAUUAAUGCCUGAUAAAGUGAAACGCAAAAUGCCUAAUCUACGAAAAGGUCCGACACCAAAAUGGGAGAUACCUUUGCGAUGGGAAGGUAUACGUCGCGAUAAUCUGAAAAAUAUCUCCAUAGAAAUCAGUAUCUGGAUUCAAGAACGUUUUCGAAAGUUCAUGUUCGGCUUCGUUCGACUCAACCUUGCGCAAGGACAUUUCGAUGGCAAACCAGUGACUUGGUCAGAUUCUACAAAAGCAGAAAAAACAGUAUGGCAGAAGUUUAUUCAAGAUCCCACACGAGUACAUCAUUUUCAACUUCCACUACGACCAGCAAUUACUGAAAAUAAAUGA